AACUUCAUCACUUUUGUAAUACUUCCUAAGAACAUUUCUCUUUAGUUUGCAAAAUUCCCUCAAAAUUAUAACGUAAACUCUUGGGCUGGACUUUUAGUUCCAUUUUUUCCAAUCGAAAUGUCUGACAAAAAGGCAUCGCCGUCCCGAAGAUACAAUCCUGGAAUGCAGUUCAGUACCGCCGUCGGAACUCCAGAAACUAAACGCAAAAUGCUCCUCUAUAGACGAUUAUUAUGCAGGGAAAUAGCCAGGGAUAGGAAAACUCCCCAGGAAAUAGUGCUUUCAAGAAAUCGGAGGCUUCAGGAGCAGGAUCAAGGAAGAUUUCCAAUGUCCUGAAAUGAGUUUCACUGAUUGGCAGAAGAGUUUACGUUCAGGCCUUUAAGAAAGUCUCGGAAUUAGGGUAUAGUUAGGAUUUUUGGCUUUGUAAAAAAAAAUUGUAAUAUAUUUAAAUACAUUCUGAUUGUUGCCGGUUGAAAUAA